GUUUCGGCUUGUUUCCCUCAGCUAUGUGGUGAACAUGGGCUUGAUCGACAAGCUGUACGGCUGUUUCCUGUCCAUACAAGGGCCGAUCGACGAGAGUCCCAAAAUGGCUGCCUUUUUGGAGCAAGCCACUGCUUUCCUCCAUGGGAUGUGCAAGUUGAGUUUUGGCAUGACUGGGCGUUCUCUGAGUAUCUUUGACAACAAACGUCAGGACCCUACCGGUUUGACAGCCCUCCUGCAGAGCACUGAUCUGGUGGGCGUCCUUCACAUGCUGUACUGCAUACUCCUCCACAGCGCUCCCCCUGAGCCUCUCUCUGUCGGCCCCACGGGCCCCCAGGGGCCUUACAGCUCCGUCGUCAUCCAGGUGGCCCUACAGGGGUUACGCUUCCUCAACACCUUCGCCCUGCUGGACCUCUCAGCCUUCCAGUGUGUUUUAGGAGCCGAGGGUCUUUCUCUGGCCUUCAGACACAUUGUGAGUUCUCUGCUGUGGUACUGUUCUCAACAGAGCUCUGAAGAGCUGCUUCACGAGCUCAUCAUCUGCGUCGGCUACUUCACUGUCAACCACCCAGACAACCAGGUGAAUGUGCAGUCUGGCCGCCAGCCCAGCGUGUUGCAGAAACUGUGUCAGCUGCCGUUCCAGUAUUUCAGCCACCCGCGACUCAUCAAAGUGCUCUUCCCCUCGCUCAUCUGCGCCUGCUACAAUAACCUGCAGAACAAGGUCAUCCUCCAACAGGAAAUGAGCUGUGUGCUGCUGGCCACCUUCAUACAGGACUGUGCCACCAAUGAGAACCAAUCGGACAGCAAAGCUUCACAGCCAGAGAAGGGCUGGGCUCCUCUGAACUACUGCGAGCUGUCCAACCGCUUCCCCAGAGACCUGUGGGACUCCGCACUUCAGUUCUUCCUCAAGAAGCAGGAGGAGUGAGCGGAGGAGUGCAGUCAUUUACAGAAGCACAUUACACACAUUGACAUUGAAACCUAAUGUAUAUUCCACAAUGCAAAACUGUCCUGGAGGGGGUUUAGGGUACAAAUGAAGACAGUCAUCAGACCUCCAUCGAAGCCGUCAAUCAGUAGUGAGUCAUUCCUAGUGGUUUUCCAGUAACUGUAUAUUAGCAUUAGCGCACUGAAAAAAAAGCGGACUUGUCAUACACAAAACGUUUCAUUUUCAGGAUUUUACCUUUUUGGACACAUUCAGUGAUUUUUUGUUUUUCCCAGAAGAUAAUCUGGUUUAAUGGUGGAGUUUGACUCAUAUUCUGUUGUUUUGUAAAUAAAAAGAUAGUGGGGAAUGAAGUAGAAUAAACUGAAGCCCUUGUUUAAUUUAGGGAGAAUGACGAGUUACCUCAUCCGUCGGGUUUUCAUGUUUCGUAUUUUUCAAUGCAUAAAGUGGAAGACUUCUUCCGGUAGCUGACAUGUUAUGAUUUCUUCAUUUUUGUUGUUGUGUUUCUUUGCUUGUUUGCUUUUUUAUACUGUAAUUUAUACACGAUUUCUCCCCCCUCCCCACCUUAACCUGUUUUGUCAUUUUCUCAGUGUAUUGAAGCACUUAAAAGUUUAAUUUAAGAAACGGAUGAGUUUAAUAAAAUAUUUAAUACUGCUCAA